GCCGCGCAGACAAAAGUCAAAUAAAAUGGCGAGAAAGAAGGUCGGAUUAAAAAUUUACUCCGAUUCAAUUGAUCAAAAUGAAUCAAUUUUACGUGAAUUGCAAAUGCAAAAACAGGUCGACGAAAGAAGUCCAAAGGAUCUUAAAGAACUUUUUAACAAUUUAAACACAAAUAAUAUAUCAAAAAAUGGAAGAGAUGAUGAUAAAUUUGCUGCUUUCUCAAAUACUCACGAGGCAACUGGAAAUUAUGGACCAAUCGCUGAUUGUCCAUCAGGCACAUGGUGGGGAAUUCGUGUUGAUUGUUCAAGACAGGGAGUUCAUAAGCCAUUUAAUUUAGAUAUUCACGAUGGUCCAUUUGGAGCAAUUUCAAUUUGUACUCCUCAAAAUUCCGAAUCAAAGGAUGUUGAUUUAGGUGAAAUUCUAACAAUAACUGGCCGAGAAUACUCAGAAUUAGAUGCAAGCAAUGAAUCAUUAAUUUUAAAUUUUCAACGUUGUGUGCCUUUACGUUUGGUACGUAGUUACAGUCUCUCAAAUGUUUAUUCACCAAAAACUGGCUAUCGUUACGAUGGUCUUUACAUUGUUAUUGCACAUUGGAUUGGCGAGUCGGAAAAUUCAAAAAAACAUAAAUUUGCCCUCUCUCGUCUUCAACAUCAAGAAUCACCAUCAUGGCUUAAUAACAAUAAUAAUUCAAUGUCAACAAAAUCAACAACAACAACAACAACAACAACAAAUGUGAAACAAUUACCAAAGAAAUUGUCGUGCACACUUCGUAAGCGAUCUUCCAAAAAAAUAAAUAGCCAAACUAUUUCUUCAAUUGUGAAUAAUGAGAAAUAUAAUAAUUGUGAAAAAAAUAAUAAAAAAUUAAGUGAAUCACCAUCAAUAUCACAAAAUGGAAUUGCAAUAUUAACGCGUCAAGUUUUUAAAAAACCAACAGCUGCAUCGACAACACCACCUGUUUCACGUUCAUUAAUAAAAGAAAAUUUAUCACAAAAUUCAUUCACCUAUAAACAAGUUGGACAAUCAAAAUUAUUAAAUACAAAUAUUGCUGUUCGCACUGAUUUAUAUGAUUCCUUUCAUAAUGUACAACAGGAUAUUAAAAAAACAUCAACAUUUUCACGUGUUUAUAAAUCAAAUCAUCAAAUAGAAAAAAUUGAUGAAACUCAAUUAUUGGAGAUUAAUGAAAAAACAUUAAAAAAUAAUUGUUUAAUAUCACAAAGAGAAAAUAUUAUUGAAAAAACAAUGUCACGUGAAUCAAUUUAUCAAAUUGUUGGUUGUCCAUUAAAUGAUAAAACAGAAGAAAAUAAUUUUCCAAUAAUAAAUAAUAAAGAAACAAAAAAUUGUCCCGAAAAACGUAAUUCAAUAAGUUCAAAUUCAUCAAAUUCAUUGGAAGCAUUGACGCCAGAUAAAAUUUUAAAUUUAGUUGUCAAAGAAAAACGUAAUCCAAUGGCAAAAUUAUUAAUUGGAAAUGUUAUUGGUUUGUCAAUUGAGGAAUCAUCAGUUAUAAAGGCAUACAAUGCAUUAAUAUCAAAAGAAAAUAAAGAGAGUAAUAAUAGUGAACAUAUUGAUAAUUCAAAUGGUGAUAAUAAUAAUAGACUGAAAGCAUCGUCAAAUUUUAAAAUGAUAUCAAAACGUAUAUUGAGACACAAUAGAAAUGAUGAAAAUCGAAAGAAUUAUUCAAAAUUAUCAAAGAGAAAUAGAGGCUGUAAUAAUGAUAAUGGACAAAUUAUUAAUAAUGGAGCAAAUUCUAAAUUUAAUGAUGAUCCUGGAGGUGUUAUUGGUUAUUCAAAAUCAAUGAAAAGAACACAGUCAAAAAUUACAGAGAAUUCAUCGAAAAUAACAAAAAAAUCAUCGGCUUGCAAAAAACAAAGACGAGAAAUUGCUAAUCUUGUUAUUGAUGCAAAUGUUGGUCCUAUUAUUAGAGGACCAAGAAAUAGACGUUUAAGAUGUCGUAAAAUAAUUGGUAAAGAUUCUGAUGGAUUUAUAAGUAAUACCGGUUUUCAAAAAAGAAGAGGAAUUCUUAAUAAACCAGCGAAACGCUCGGAAUUAUCGAAACGAAGAAAACGAAUGAAAGCGGGAAUUAAUAAAUCAUGGAAAUUGCAAACAGGAAAUAUUAAUUUGAAUUUAUCAAGAGGAAAGCAGAGAAAAUCUUUAGAAAAUACAAGAAAUUUUCAGGAUAUUCUAACGAGAAACACAGAUGUACAGAGGAUCAAUGUGGAAUCAGUGGAUCAUUUAACGAAAAAAUCAAGAAUGGUUGACGCAGUAUCGCAAUGUUCAUUAAUAACUGAACCAACAAUUAAUUCUUGUUCACAAAUGAAUAUAGAACUUGAUCAUUCAUCAGAUUUAGUUUGCAAUAAUGAACGUUUAUCAGUUACAAAAGUAGAAGAGGUUUAUUUAGAUGAUAUUAAAUCAGAGGAAGCCGCGGUAUUUUCUGAUGACAAUGAAAAUGAUGAUGAUGAAGACGAUGAAGUUAAUGACAAUGACGACGAUGAUGACGACGACAACAAUUCAGUUGAUAGUCACGAGUAUUUAAAUGGAUUUGAAAAUGAGGAGACAUUUUCAAAUUCAAAAACUAGUGAAAGAUUAACUGUUGAUCAAGAGCUUGAAUCUGUAUAUAAUAUUUAUCCUUUGAUUCAUCGUGAAUCAGCAUUUGUACCUGUUAAUUCGUCGAGUAGUUUAAAAAUAGCGAGACUAAGAUCAAUUGGAUUUAGACCAAUACAAAUGGAAGAUGAACGUGAAUUUAAUGAAGAUAAUAAUUUUAGUAGAAUUAGCAAUAAUGAGGAAAAUUCUGAUUCAAUUACAAAAGAAGCAGACGAGGAAUAUAAUAAAUAUACUAAUGAUAGUACAAGUGACGUUGGUUAUAUGGAUGAUGAUCUUCAUUAUGAGGAUAUUGAAAAUGAAGAUACAAGUAGCGAUGUAAGCAAAAGAAAAGAUUAUUUUCCCAAUGGCGAUAAUAAUCGAUUUUUCGAAAAUGAAGAAGAAGAAGAAGAUGAGGAGGAUGAGGAGGAAGAAGAAAAUUUUGAUAAACCUUGGCAUGGUUGGAAAAAAAUCUCUUCUAAAAAUGGGGAUCAAUGGAUUGGUUGGUGAAAUUUCAUCGUUUUUCUUUAGUUUGUUGGGAAAAAAUUCAUUUUUUAAUUUGAGUGCUGGUCAUUCCCCCCAAAGAUUUGAUUUCUCUUUUUUAAGAUUAAAAUUUUUUUUAUUUUUCUCUUUUCAUGAUAUAUAUAUAUAUAUAUAUAUUAAAAGUCGAAGAUUUUUAAUUUUAACCGCUUUUUAGAGCAGACGAAUAUUUUCGAGUUAUAUGUUAAUUUAUUGAUCAAUGAUUUUUUUUUUAAAUUCUUAAGUGUUUCAGCCUUUGACAAAAAAAAAUUAAGUGUUGGAAAUUUUAUAAAUUAAGAACACUAUUGGUUGUGUUUGUCUAAAGACGAAAAGUUUAUUUAACUGAAAUUCUAUAAAAGAAAAAUUUCUUCUAAAUCGAAUUUUUGAAAUAUAAUCAAAAUUCGAAUCACAAUUUAUUUAUAAUAAUUGCAUUCAUUAAAAUUGUUCAUUAAAAUCGUGACACUAUUAGAUCAAUGGAGAAAAUUGUCUUUAAAAAAUAAAAAAGUAUAAAACUUGUCUCUUUAAGAACAUUAAUUAAAUGUGCGCUGAUUCUUUUUUUUUUUUGGAAAAUAUUAAUGUUGAUAAUAAAAUUAUGACAAAAUGCUCGACUUUUAACAUAGAAUGAUAAUAGUUGUUAUUUUUUUUUAUAUUAAGAAAAUUAGAUUAGUUUGUUUUUUUUUCUCUUCUUAAUAAUUCGUUUAAUUUGAAAAUUCUAUGUACAUUGUAGAAAAUAUCUAGACGUUUGGUUUUUAUAAAAUAAAUAGUAGAAGUGUAUAUGACAUUUAAGAAAAUGUAAUAACAUUUAAACAUUUUCUACCUCCUCAUUAAUAAUUUAUACUUGUUUAUUACAUUGUAAAUGAUUUAAGAUUUGACAAAGUAUUAAUAUUUUUUUUUUAUUUCCAAUAAGGUGUUCAUAUAAAUUUUAAUGAGAAGAUAGAAAUUUAAUUUUUAAGAAAUUUUUAGUAAAACUAGUUUUUUUUUUUUGGGGAGUUUGAAUUUUUUUUUUUUUUUUCUAAAGGAAGAAUAAAAAAUUAUUUUAAAAUAUAGACGUUCAUUGAUAAGUCUUAUAUCAGAGGACAUUAAUGUUAUUAAAAAAAAGUAAGAGGCUUUUUGAAAAAUCUGGGUUUAAUUUAUUAGAAUUAAAAUUUUUUUUUAUUUAAAGUGAUCUCUGUGAUUAGUUAUUAUAGUAAUCUGUGUAUAUAAUUGUAUAUUAAGGCUUGCGUGACGAGAUAUGUAUUAGUUUUAUUUGAAAAUUCAUUUAUGUACCAUCGUUAAUGAUUUUUAAAAGUUUACAGUGUCACGCUUAUAAAUUUUGUACGGCUUAAAUCUUUAUUGUAUUUUUUUAAUAAUAUAUGCAAUUGUUCAAAUCAUUGCAUUUUAAAUAUAUCAAUAAAUAGAUGUACAUAUAU